GUUAGCCGGGCUUUGGUCCUCACUCUGAAAACCUCCCGUCUCUCCCUUAAACAAAAAGGGAAAGAUUAGCCAGCCCUCGCUAGAGCACGGCAUUGUUCGCGGGCAGCCGGAGGAGAGCAGCGCCAGAGGGAAGGGGCAAGAGGGAGAGGGAAUUCAGAUGCAAUCUUCACCAACUAUCCCCCUUCUCUCUCUUGUGAAACUGCAGGCAGCCUCAACAUUCAUGUGGUAGAGGGACGGAAGCCGUUCCUAACAUUUUGGGGUUAUUGGAGUGGCUGGAUUUUUUCUGGAGUUGAGCAUCAAAUUCAGAAGACUGAAGCCCAGGCUUACUGUCUACCUUUCACGGAGGCCAAGCCGUGAGAGGACAGAGGAAGGAACGUGGCGAAUCAUGACAGCAGAUAAAGAGAGAGAUCGUGAUCGGGACAAGGAGAGAGACAGAAGAGAUAAACGAGAGAGUGAACAUUCCAGGCCACGGCGCAGUUGUACUUUAGAAGGAGGUGCCAAAAAUUAUGCAGAAAGUGACCACACGGAAGAUGAAGACAAUGACAAGGAUAGUGCUACAAAUGAGGAGUCUGGUAAAAAAUCCAAAAUAAAGAAGCCACCUAAAAAGAAAUCACGUUAUGAGAGAGCAGAGACUGGUGACAUAACUUCGUUUGUUACAGAGGAUGAUGUUGUCUACAGGCCUGGAGAUUGUGUUUACAUAGAGAGCCGUCGCCCUAACACACCGUAUUUCAUCUGCAGCAUUCAAGAAUUCAAACUGAGCAAACGGGACCAUCUGCUAAUGAAUGUCAAGUGGUACUAUCGCCAAUCAGAGGUGCCUGAUUCAGUCUACCAACAUCUAGUUCAGGACCGGCAUAAUGAGAAUGAUUCUGGCCGUGAGCUUGUGAUCACAGACCCAGUGAUUAGAAGUCGGGAGCUCUUCAUUUCGGAUUAUGUCGACACCUAUCAUGCUGCAGCACUCAGAGGGAAAUGCAAUAUUAUUCACUUUUCUGACAUUUUUGCUGCGAGAGAAUUCAAGCCACGACCAGACCAGUUCUUUUAUAUCUUAGGCUACAACCCAGAGACGAGAAGGCUGAACAGCACCCAGGGAGAAAUCCGUGUGGGACCCAGCCAUCAGGCGAAGCUUCCAGAAUUGAAGCCUCUUCCCCUGUCCACCGGUGAAAUGAUAACGGAACACGAGGAGCUGGUUUGGACUCCUGGUGUCAAUGACUGUGAGCUUCUGAUGUACCUGAGGGCAGCCAGGAGUAUGGCUGCCUUCGCAGGCAUGUGUGAUGGUGGAUCAACAGAAGAUGGCUGCCUUGCAGCAUCUCGUGAUGACACUACAGUAAAUGCAUUGAAUACUUUACAUGAGAGCAGUUACGAUGCAGGGAAGGCCUUGCAGAGACUGGUUAAGAAGCCCGUCCCCAAACUGAUUGAAAAAUGUUGGUCUGAAGAUGAAAUGAAACGCUUCAUCAAAGGACUGAGGCAGUACGGCAAGAACUUCUUCAGAAUUCGCAAAGAGUUGCUACCAAAUAAGGAGACGGGUGAACUGGUAACAUUCUAUUACUACUGGAAGAAAACCCCAGAAGCAGCCAGCUCCCGUGCUCACCGUAGACAUCGCAGACAGGCCGUGUUCAGAAGAAUUAAAACACGUACUGCCACCACCCCAGUGAACCCAUCUCGACCACCAUCUGGUGAAUUCUUGGAUCUCAGCUCGGCAAGUGAGGAUGACUUUGACAGUGAGGACAGUGAACAGGAAUUGAAAGGCUACGCCUGUCGUCACUGUUUUACCACCACAUCUAAAGACUGGCAUCACGGAGGAAGGGACAACAUAUUAUUGUGCACAGAGUGUCGGAUUCACUUCAAGAAAUACGCGGAACUGCCACCAAUCGAGAAGCCAGUGGAUCCCCCACCCUUUAUGUUUAAACCAGUUAAAGAAGAAGAAGAUGGACUCAGCAGCAAACAUAGCAUGAGGACCAGAAGGAGUAGGGGCUCGAUGUCUUCACUGCGCAGUGGUCGUAAAAAACAGACAGCCAGCCCUGAUGGUAGAACCUCUCCUAUCAAUGAAGACAUCCGGUCCAGCGGCCGUAAUUCUCCCAGUGCUGCCAGCACAUCCAGUAAUGAUAGCAAAGCAGACUCUAUGAAAAAGUCCAGCAAGAGGUCAAAGGAUGAUUUGUCGUCACCGUCAAAGAGCACCAAACGCCAAAGAGAAAAGGUUGCUUCUGAUACAGAAGAACCAGAAAGGUUAAAUUCAAAGAAAUCUAAGACACAGGAGAUCAGCAGGCCAAAUUCGCCGUCUGAAGGAGAGAGUUCUGACAGUCGCAGUGUGAAUGAUGAAGGAAGCAGUGAUCCAAAAGAUAUUGACCAGGACAAUCGCAGUACGUCACCAAGUAUCCCGAGCCCAAGGGACAAUGAAAGUGACUCUGACUCAUCAGCACAACAGCAAGUGUUGCAGUCUCAGCCCCCAGUACAUCAGAGUCCGUGCACCUCUCUGCCGCUGACGCCACUGGAACCACCGCCCAUGCCCCCGCCGCCAUCUUCCUGUGCAGUGUCCAUUCCGCAGACCUUGUCUCCGGUUCCGCAGCCUCGCAGUCAGACACCACCUCAUUCCCUGAUGCAGCCCGCACCACAGCUCCACCCCCAGAGGCUUGCGUCGCCGCAUCCGCCGGUCCAGCAGCCGCUGCAGCCUCAACCGCAGCCCCUCCCACAAUCGCAGGCCCAGCCCCAUGCGCAGGUGCAGCCACUGCCUCACCCUUUGCCGCCGCCUGCCCACAUGCAGCACCAGCUGCAGGGGCCGCCCUUCACCAUCAACCCCCCGCCUCAGAUCCCUCAGACUUCUUCGCAAGCGUCUGCUGCCGUGCACCCGCAGUCGCAUGGUCCGAUGCAGGUCCAAGCUCAACCUUCGCCUACCCAGGCACAGGCACAGGCACAGCCUCCGAGGGAGCAACCUCUGCCACCGGCUCCUGUGUCCAUGCCCCACAUCAAGCCGCCACCCACCACACCAAUCACUCCCAUUUCCAACCCCCCAUCACACAAACCCCCUCCCCAUCUCGCAGGCCAUCCUCCUUUCCCGCAAAUGCCUUCAAACCUCCCACCUCCUCCUGCCUUAAAGCCGCUGAGCUCCCUUUCCACACAUCAUACCCCCUCUGUUCAUCCCCCUCCAUUACAGCUAAUGCCCCAAACGCAGCAAAUUCAGCCCCCUCCUGCGCAACCUCCCGUAUUAACCCAAGCCCAGAAUCUCCCAGCAAAUGCAGCUCACCCCCAACCAGUGCCCCACCAAGUCUCUUCCCAGCCUCCGUAUGCCCAGCAUUCUUUCAUCCCAUCGGGUGCCCCUAACAUCGCAUCGUCGUCAGCCACCCCCACUUCCAGCGUGGCACCCAUCUCUACCAUCCAGCCCACAGCGUCAAUUGUCACAUCCAUGUGCUCCACCGGGAACGCGGUGAGCACUGCUCCCGCCACCAUGACAAGCAUUCAGAUUAAAGAGGAAAUCCAGGAUGAGGCAGAGGACGCAGAUAGCCCACCACCAUCUCCCAGCAGAAGCCCCUCUCCAGAACCAACUGUCGUCAGCACACCGAGCCAUGCCAGUCAAUCAGCCAGGUUCAUCAAAUAUUUGGAUCGUGGCUACAACUCCUGUGCACGAACAGAUCUGUACUUUGUACCAUUGCAAGGCUCGAAACUGGCCAAGAAACGGGAAGAAGUAAUGGAAAAGGCCAGACGAGAAGCAGAGCAGAAGGCCAAAGAAGAGAAGGAGAAGGAAAAGGAGAAAGAAAAAGAGAGGGAAAGAGAACGGGAACGUGAGAGGGAAGCUGAGCGAGCAGCGAAGGCAUCCAGCUCUUCCCAUGAGGGACGCAUGUCAGAAUCCCAGCUUGUUGGCCCCACACACUUACGACCUUCAUUUGAGCCGCCACCAACAACGAUUGCAGCCGUUCCUCCUUACAUUGGGCCGGACACUCCGGCACUAAGGACUCUCAGUGAAUAUGCAAGGCCACAUGUCAUGUCUCCAACCAACCGCAACCACCCAUUCUUCGUCCCACUAAAUGCAUCAGAUCCAAUCCUGGCUUACCACAUGCCCAGCCUCUACAGCGCCGACCACGGGAUGAGGGAGAGAGAACUCCGCGAGAGAGAGAUUCGAGAGAGGGAGAUUCGUGAACGGGAAUUCCGAGAACGGAUGAAACCAGGCUUUGAGGUCAAGCCACCUGAACUGGAAGGCCUUCAUCCAACGGCUAAUCCUAUGGAUCCAUUUGCUAGGCAUGGCGGAUUAACAAUUCAGCCAGCAACAGGAGCACACCCAUUCCCCCCCUUCCACCAUGGAUUGAAUCCACUAGAGAGAGAGAGACUCGCCCUUGCAGGCCCCCAGCUGCGGCCUGAGAUGUCCUACGCUGAUAGACUGGCUGCGGAAAGAAUACACGCAGAACGCAUGGCAUCACUUGCAAAUGACCCACUUACGAGACUACAGAUGUUCAAUGUGACGCCGCAUCACCAUCAGCAUUCACACAUACAUUCACACUUACACCUACAUCAACAAGAUCCACUACAUCAAGGUUCAGGAGGUGUCCAUCCAUUAGUGGAUCCUCUAGCAGCUGGACCACACUUGGCUCGCUUUCCUUAUCCUCCAGGUGCAAUCCCAAACCCACUGUUAACCCAGGGUCCACAUGAACACGAGAUGCUCAGGCAUCACCCUGUCUUUGGUGGACCAUACCGAGACCUGCCCAGUGCUCUCCCAGCUCCUAUGUCAGCAGCGCACCAACUACAGGCAAUGCACGCCCAGUCGGCAGAACUACAGAGACUGGCUAUGGAACAGCAGUGGCUGCACGGUCAUCACCACAUGCACGGAGGUCCCCUCCCUGGACAGGAGGACUAUUACAGUCGGCUGAAAAAAGAAAGUGACAAGCCACUUUAAGCCCUGAAUCUCACGGAGGCUCGCUCACGAGGCCAAGGAUCACUCAACCAGUACUUUGGAAGGAACUAUGACAUCCUGGAAGAAAGAAAAAAAGGAGAUGACAUCCAAAGCUUUUAUCCUCCCCAACUAAAGGAUUGUAUGAUUUUAAUUUCUGAUAUUCCUUUCCGGAGGAAGAAUCAUACAAUGCUGGCUGUGGAUCUUUGCACAAAGCGCUAUUCUGUAAUGUGAUGGUGGGAAAUGCACAUUGAACAGUAUGUCUGACUGUUCUUGUAUUGGUACCAGACCAGGUUUCAAUUGGAUACUGCACAAUACAACCUAACACACAAAAACGAUUAAACAAAGUUCUAGUAGAAAUACUAUAAUACAUUUUAUGGUUCCUUAAAUAAUAUGUAGGAUAUCUUUAAAGAGAAAAAUCUGUGGCAUGGCUUCUGAAUUUGUAAAUAAAGAAAAAGAACCUUGUACGUAAAGGGUUAGUUGUGGAUUUCUAAUUGGACGGCAGACUGCAAAGCUAAGUGUUUGAAACAGCGUUCACUUCCUUUGGUUAAAGGAGAAGUUAGCUGGAUGGUAACGUUGACUCUGAAAUGGAGUGGGUUUUUAUUAUCGUGUGUCUGGUAGCAGUGGCAAUGCAUCAAAAGGUUGCAGGGAUUGUGGUCCAGACAAUGUCAACAUAGAUUUUAAAAUAUAAUAAUGCAAGCCUGCAUAAAUAGUAUUUUACCAUCGCCAGGUUUGGACAUCCCAUGCUGGUCAACAGUGCAGACUAUUACUAGACUUACCGCUUGCCAACAGCAUAAAAAAUUUGUAAGCUUUCCAUUCUGAUCAUUAAAAACAUUUUCAGUAUCUGAAAUAUUUAAGAGAUGGUUGAAUCUUUUAAUUCCAUUUUAUAGUUAUAAUUCAAUGAUUUAAUAUUUUGAAAAUAAACUAAUUAUAAGGAACAAAUAAGCUACUUUUAUAUUUGAUGCGUUUAAUUUCACAUCUUUGUUAAAUAUUAAGAUAAUGCAUAUGCCUGUAACAGCAUUACCAAUUUUUACUUUUUGCUUGCCAACUUAUUUUUGCUAUAUGAGGAUGAUAUCGUGGCUACUGACAUGUCUCAAUUUGUUUUCACAAAAUGGAUUGUGAAGUUUGCGGAAACUGAUAAGGACCAAACAUAUAAGCUAAACAAUUAUUGUUAAUAGCCCUUCAUUUAACAGUGAGCCACUGACAAGCAUUUGAGCAGCACAGUCCACUUGAACUGUGGAAUUCAGUUGUACACAUUUGUACAUUUCUGACUUAAUGGUUACGAGGAAGUAAUCUUCUGUAUUUAACAAGGAAUUGGAAUAAGGGUAUGUGCUUGUGAUUACUGAAGCCUGAUGGAAAAAAUAUCCUUUUAUUUCUGGGAUAAAGGUUCUAAGAAUGACUAAAAGAUAAUAGUCAAAAGCAUUCAGUUUUGAAAUUUAUUUUAUAUUAAAUAUUAUAGUAGCUGUUUUAAUUUUGGGCUGUUAAUUACUUUGUGGAAAUUUAUACCCAUUUUUGGUUAAAAGUAGCAGAAAAUUGUCAUAGUUAACCAUUGCACACCAGUGUCUGGUGUCAGUGGUUGAGGUAUCUGAGAUGCCGGCGGUUAUGUCAAUAAAGUAGCAUUAAUUUUAGAGCAGGGUGCUGCUUGUUUUGCUUCUGUCAAUCACGUCUGUGUAUCUUUUUAAAAAAAAUAACCUGACAAUAUCAUUCUUAAAAGUUACUGCAAGUUCAUGCUUUUAUGUUUUAUUGAUGAAACCGUUACGUUGCGUCGGAAGCUGAACGCAGAGAGUCUGGCUGAUGUCUGCACUGGGUGACUGGUUUCCUGAUGGUGCGUAUCUGUCUUUCCCCUUGAUUUUAUCAAGGACUGUAUAUUUGCCAUUUGUAGACUGUUAUGUGGUGUUCACUGUCAUAGGACUGUGUUUAAAAGGAAGAACUACAUGAUGUGCCGACAGCUCGGAUAGUGACACAAAGUUUUUUUUUAUUUUGCUUUUGUGUUUUCAGAAGUAAAAUGUUUAAUGUUGUCAAUGGUCCAGCUUCUUAUUUCACAGCAGCAUUAACAGAAUGUAAAUUCUGAUGCUAAAUUUAUAUAUAUCUUGAAGCUUAAUGUAUAUAAUAGUAGUUUGCCAUGGGAUAACACAAUGUAAACAAACUGUAGAAGCAAAGAUUGUGAGUUCUGUGUUUUCUCCAUUUGAGUAUUUUGUAAUUUUUGAAAUAUUUGUGACUUAAAUAAACCAACAGAG